UCAUCUCUCUCUCGCACACCCAUCCAUCAUCAUCUCAUCUCCUCUGCCUAACAGGCUAAGCAGCUGAGCUCAAGCAGCGGCAAUGGAGGGCAAGGAGGAGGACGUGCGUCUGGGCGCCAACCGGUACUCGGAGCGGCAGCCGAUCGGAACGGCAGCGCAGGGCGCGGACGACAAGGACUACAAGGAGCCGCCGCCGGCGCCGCUGUUCGAGGCGGAGGAGCUGACGUCGUGGUCCUUCUACCGCGCGGGGAUCGCCGAGUUCCUGGCCACCUUCCUGUUCCUGUACAUCAGCGUGCUCACGGUGAUGGGCGUGGUGGGCAACCCCUCCGGCUCCAAGUGCGGCACCGUGGGCAUCCAGGGCAUCGCCUGGAGCUUCGGCGGCAUGAUCUUCGUGCUCGUCUACUGCACCGCCGGCAUCUCCGGCGGCCACAUCAACCCCGCCGUCACCUUCGGGCUGUUCCUGGCCAGGAAGCUGUCGCUCACCCGGGCCGUGUUCUACAUGGUGAUGCAGUGCCUGGGGGCCAUCUGCGGCGCCGGGGUGGUGAAGGGGUUCCAGACCACGCUGUACAUGGGCAACGGCGGCGGCGCCAACUCGGUGGCGCCGGGGUACACCAAGGGCGACGGCCUGGGGGCGGAGAUCGUGGGGACCUUCGUGCUCGUGUACACCGUCUUCUCCGCCACCGACGCCAAGCGCAGCGCCAGAGACUCCCACGUCCCCAUCCUGGCGCCGCUGCCGAUCGGGUUCGCGGUGUUCCUGGUGCACCUGGCGACGAUCCCCAUCACCGGCACCGGCAUCAACCCGGCGCGCUCCCUCGGCGCCGCCAUCAUCUACAACAAGAAGCAGUCGUGGGACGACCACUGGAUCUUCUGGGUGGGCCCGUUCACCGGCGCGGCGCUGGCGGCCAUCUACCACGUGGUGGUGAUCAGGGCCAUCCCCUUCAAGAGCCGCGGCUAGCAUACUCAAUCGGCCAUGGAACGGAUGGAAUCCUAUCGUUCAUCGACCAUCGUUUGUGCUGAUCGUUGCUCCUGCGUGAGUACUCCUGUAACUAUCGGUCUGCCGUACUGUUCCUGAGCGAGCGAGCGUGUGUGUCCUUCAGUCGGUGUGUCAGCGUUACAAGUGUGGUGCACUUCUUCACCGCGCCUACCCAAAAUGUGCAAAUUUCGGUACUUGUGGUUCCCUCUCUUUUGUAAGCAAAAUGCGUGUAUAAAAUAACAAGGAAUGAAGAUCGAAUUAACGAUCGAUCUUCAACUGGAGUGCUAUUACAUCGA